UCGGAACGGUUAAGAUAUAUAGUCAUGAGAACUUCGAAAGUCGACCCGUGUUUAACCUCGAUAAUAAUAAUUAUUCUCCCCGUUCUUAACACUAAUGCAAGCCGGACACUUAACGCGAAACGGGUGAGCAUGGACCCACCUGCAAAGGGGUUUGGCGUGAAGGAGCAUUUUCAAAUUGUUACACAACACAAUAGACUGCGCAGUGGGGUCAACCCCAUGGCUGCAAACAUGCAGAAAAUGGAGUGGAGUGAGACGCUAGCAGUGCUGGCUCAGCAAAGAGCAGAGACUUGCUUAAAGGAUGGUGUUGGAUCAAUAGAAAGGAUGGAGCAUGCUGGGUGGAACAUCCAGCAGUCUCCGCACGGGGCCACUUCCUACACUGACAUCAUCAACUCUUGGUUCCAAGAGGGUCAGGAUUACAACUACCAGAGUGGUCAGUGCAGGAACAAUCGCACCUGCACGCAUUACACGCAACUGGUGUGGGCUACCUCAAAUCACAUGGGCUGUGCCCUGCAUGUGUGUGGGACUGGAGCAGGGCUCUGGGACUUAUUUAUCUGUGCAUACUCCCCUGGGGGAAACUGGGAGGUGAAUGGCAGGCGUGUGGCACCCUAUAAAGCAGGAGCUUACUGUUCACUCUGUACUUCCUCCAUGUCUGGUUGCUUGCGCCUCUGGGACCACGUCGGCGGCUUGUGUGAGACCCCACGGAACCCAUGCCGGAUGAGCUGCAGCCCACACGGGCAGCUGAAUGUCUCCUCAUGCCAGUGUUACUGCGCACCCUCAUUCACAGGCCGCUUUUGCCAAGUGCGCUGCAGCGUGCGGUGUGUGCACGGGAGGUACAGGCGUGAGGAGUGCUCCUGCCUAUGUCACGCGGGUUACGGCGGAGCUCAGUGCGCAGAGAAGCUGAGCUUUCCCUACCAUAACUGUGACAUGCAGAUAGAUGGCAAAUGCUUUAUGGUAUCCUCCGAAGCUGAGACAUACUACACAGCCAAGCUGCGCUGUCAGGAAAAAGGAGGCAUUCUUGCUCAGGUGUCCAAUCAGAAGGUCCAGGACAUCAUGGCCUUUUACCUCAGUCAGCUGGAGAGCUCCAAUGACGUCACCGACCCUGACUUUGACACCCGCAACUUUUGGAUAGGUCUGACUUAUAAACUUGUGAAAGACUCAUUCCGCUGGGACACAGGGGAGGCUCCUUCAUUCACUAGCUUUGCUUUUGGACAGCCAGACAAUCAUGGCUUUGGGAAUUGUGUAGAGUUGCAAGCAUCCAGUGCUUUCAAUUGGAACGACCAACGCUGCAAGAUUCGCAACAGAUACAUCUGUCAAUUUGGUCCAGAGCAUGUUGCCCCAUGGGAGUUUGUCCACUGAAACCUGUAAAUGAUUCCUGACAGCAGCAGAAGACCACUGCCCCAGGGCUGCUAGCUCACCUGGACUGCAUUAGGUGUUCGGAGUGCAGGUGUAGAACUUUUCAUUGCUGCAGCAGCAACUCUGUUGGUUUCUCCUGUCCCCCUGCCCAUAUCCUCAUGGAAGUGUGUGCACCAGGGAGCCCAGGCUGCAAAUGAGGAGCCUUUGUUCACAGGCAGUGCACUGUCACCAGCAUUGAUUCUGGGAAAAAAAAAAAAAAAGACCUUAGUAAAGCCUAAUCUAGUUGUUCAGACUGCCUGUGCAUUCUGCAGGAAGUCCCCUGGUUCAGUAUAUACUCUUCUCUAUGUGUGUUUGUGGGCUGGUAGCACGCAAUGGUUCUGCUCUCUGUAGAACCUUCAUCAGCCAUGGUGCACCUUCAUACAUAUUAAUGCACUGAUAAACACAUGGCUGAUCAGCCAAGUACUCUCUCUCUCUCUCUCUUGCUGUCUCCCUGCCUGUCUCUCUCUGCCUGUCUCUCUGCCUGUCUCUCUCUGCCUUCCUCCCCUGCCUUCCCACCAUAUUUCUGCCUCUUGCUUUCCCCAUCUCCUCAAUGUCAACAUAUACCCCACAGUAUUAUAUAUACACAGUCUCUUUAGCGCUGCCUUAUUGCCUAACUCACUGUUGCUGAUCCUACUAGUCGUAAAAAAAAUAAAAUAAACAGCCCUCAGUUAUUUGGCAUGUUUGCAAAUGUGUAUUUAUCUACCAUAGUCCUAUCUACAGUGAGUCUUUCUGUUUUUUUUAAUAAAUAAUCCCAUGAUCGAACCAUUCUCUCUUUGUGUUCCUGCCUGGGGCACGUGACCGAACGCAGCCUGUGUGUAUGAGCUGUCACCAGCUGCUGCGGCACACAGACAGCCUCGCAGAUCCUAAACACCUGUUUGCAUGCAGGUAAAGGAAACUGGUUUAUGUUUAUUAUAUAGAUUUUAUGUUUUCACCAAAUGUUCUGUCAUUAUGUAUAUUAGAGAUUUUGAUGCGGUUUAGUGUUUUGUUUUUUGGAUGAACAAUACAUUUUGUACUGAACUGUUUCUGAUUGGUAUUUGUGUGCUACAGUACAUUCUAAAACUGCAAAAUGACUACUGCUUUUUGUACUUCUGGACUGCUGAAUGACAAAUGA